AUGGAUAAGGAUAUUUCCAUUUCUGUCCGGCCAGGCCCCGACGUGAUCGAGCCUUUGGCUGAGCACACGGCAACCAUCAUCUUCAUCCACGGUCUAGGCGACAAGCCAGAAACACUGCACGAGCCCAUCAACCAGUGGAGGAGCAAUGGCCAGGUUGAUAACAUUAAAUUUGUGUUGCCGCACGCACCGAUAAUCCCGUUUACAGCGAAAGCGAGCGCAUAUAUGGCGGCAUGGUUUGAUAUUAAAGUUUACGAUGGCUUGCCAGAUGCGCUCCAGACGGAUGAAGACGUGGAUGGUAUUUUCGCCAGUAGGGAUUACAUCCACAGCCUAAUCGAAGAAGAAACCAGCGCCGGAAUCCCAUCCGAGCGCAUCAUGCUUGCCGGGUUUUCCCAAGGCGGAGUGAUUGCCGCGGCUGCUGGCCUGACCUAUUCGCAGCCUCUUGCUGGCAUUAUUUUGCUUUCGGCAUGGCUGCCAUUAGCUCAAAAAAUCAUGGAAUACGUCCCUGAAGAAAAUCCAAACAAGGAAACUCCCAUAUUUCAGGGCCAUGGCGUGGAUGACCGGUUGGUGCCGGUGGGAUUUGCCAAGAAGAGCCGAGAGGCUCUGACGGCGAUGGGACUUUCAGUUUCUUGGAAUGUGUACGGCCGACUGGGUCAUGAGACUUGCGAGGACGAGCUGGACGAUGUGGAAGCGUUUAUUGAAGAAAGGCUGCUGUAGCUUUUAUUGACUUGGUGAUGCUUGAUGGGCAGGUUCACAAUCUACAGAUGUAGGAUUUGAUGUUGGGAAACCCAUGUUUGUUUGUAUUGCUAAACGCCAAGCAAUGCGGACGGUUUCAAGAUGCCACGGGCUGUGGAGUUGAAGCCAAAGAGUGGAAACUGAGGGACGUGUUCAAGCGGCGCUUAGGCCGGUCCAAAUGCAAGAAACCAGACAUAG